CUUCCCGCUGGCUUCCGCGUUCUCGCAGUAUGCCGCCGGCGGCGGCGCCGCGCCGGACGCGGCCGCGGCGGCCGCGGUCCAGGCGCACGCGCGCGCGCAGGCGCAGGCGCUCGCGCACGUGCAGGCGCUGGCGCAGCUCCACCACCCGCACCCGCCGUUCCCGAUGGCGCCGCCGCCGCUGCAGCCGCCGCUGCCGAUGCCGCUGCCGAUGCCGCUGCCGCACCACGGGCAGCCGCAGCACCACCGGCGGCGGCGGCCGUCGCUGUCCGACCUGCAGUGCACCGGGAGCCUCGACAGCCUCGCCGCCGCCGCGGCCGCGGCGUCAGCGGAGGAGGCGCACCGGCGGGAGGGGAUCGAGCGCUCCGGCCAGGGCGCCGC